AUCUGUUCUAUCGAAGUCUCGAUACGAUAGAGUCAAAGUAUGCUCAAACGUCAAAAAAGUUAGGUUAUUAGCAGCGAUUUUGAAAAUUGUAAUUUAUUUUGAUUAGCUUAUUAAUUAUACUCAAUUGACAUGAAUUGCAUAGCAGUAGUGAUUAGGAAUAGUUCUCGUAUUGGUUGUCGUUUUCAGCAUCAUUGGGUAAAGCCAAAAGGUUUUGAUACGGGAGUAAAAGUAUACAAUUGUACAACAAAACAGAAAGAACCACUGAUAAUAAGGAAUAAAAAUUAUCUUACAUGGUACACUUGUGGGCCCACAGUUUAUGAUUCUUCACACAUUGGACAUGCUAGCUGUUAUGUAAAACUAGACAUCAUACAAAGGAUAUUAAAAGACUAUUUCAAAUACAAUGUAGUUACUGUUAUGAACAUAACUGAUAUAGAUGAUAAGAUUAUUCGAAGAGCAAAUCAGGAGAAUGUAUCAUAUGCUGAUGUUGCCAAGAAGUAUGAAGAAGAGUUUUGGUCAGAGCUUUGUGAUCUAGGUGUCACUGAGCCUAAUGUUGUGUUACGAGUAACAGAAAAUAUGGAGUCAAUUGUUAGUUUCAUAGAAAAAUUGGUUGAUGAAAAUAAAGCAUAUAAAGCUUCAGAUAAUUCAGUUUACUUCAGUGUUGAUACUUGUAAAGCAUAUGGAAAACUACAAAAUAUAGGUAAGAAUGAUAAACAAAAAAGUUCAGUGAAAAGAUCAGUUUUAGAUUUUGCAUUAUGGAAACAUAGUGAAGACGAACCACAUUGGAAUAGUCCUUGGGGUAAAGGAAGACCUGGAUGGCAUAUUGAGUGCUCAGCAUUAGCAUCAAAAGCUAUAGGGUCUGCUAUUGAUAUUCAUGCUGGGGGAAUAGAUUUGCGGUUUCCACAUCAUGAAAAUGAGGAAGCUCAGUCUUGUGGUUUUCACAACACAUCUCAGUGGGUAAAUUAUUGGAUACACACUGGAUAUUUACAUAAGAAACAUUCAGAGAAAAUGUCAAAGUCACUAAGGAAUACUGUUCUUAUUCAAGAUAUGCUGCAGGGCCAUCUCAAAAUCAGCAGUGGAUCAAGGGCAUGUGCGCCACACAGUGCUGUCUAUGAAAAGACAGAUAUUUUUAUGUUGUGCAUGCACAAACAACACUGAUUUUUUGAGACAACUGCAGAUGCCUUUCGGAUGGCCUGUAUCCUGUCAAAGUACAGAAGCAACAUGGAAUUCAGUAAAGACAUGCUGAAAACAGCGGAAAAUGUCUAUGGUGUAUUUAAAAACUUUAUAACCACUUGUGAUGAUUUCAAGAGCCAAUACCUGAAAGCUACAAUAAACCAUGAACAUUUGAUAGCUGCUUUAAACAAGUGUGCUGAGGAUAUUCACAGUGCUUUAUGUGAUGACUUUGAUACCCCUUUAGUGAUGAAGCAUUUGAAUGAGCUGAUUUCCACAACAAAUUCCAUGUUACACACAACUUCAACUUCAGGGCAUGAAGCCAUGGACUUUAGUAGUGUUUCAGCUGUACAAAACUUUGUAAUGACCAUACUGUCAACUUUUGGAGUAAACUUUAGAAGCUCGAGCAGCUCCAGUCAAGAUUUUGGUAAAAUUGUAGAUAUUUUAAAUGAAUUUAGGCAAAGUGUUAGAAUAACUGGUAUUGAGAAAAGAGAUAAAGAAAUAUUAAGUUUGUGUGAUCAUGUGAGGGAUAGCUUGAAAAGACAUGGAAUUAUUAUUAGGGACCAUGGGAAACAAUCUUCUUGGAGUAACUGAAAGAAUGUUGUUAGUGGAUUUUUACUUUUUUACUGUGAUAUGGUUAUUCCAGAGGAAAUAUAUUUGUUUGUUAUAUUUUUUAUCUAUCCACCUUAUCCUGUGAUGAAUAACAGUGUAUUUUAUUCUGGGUGAUGUGGAAUAUGUGUGGAUUUUUUUUUGACUAAGAAAGCAUAAAACAUUGCACUGAAUGGACUUACUUAAAUUAAAACACAUACCUAUGUUCUCAGUUUUUAUUCAAACUAUUUUCACAGAGGUAUCUUAAAAAAUAACUGGUAUAUCAACAAAUGCCAGACUGUACAAUUGAAAUGAUCAUAGACUCAGGUAUUCAGCAUACAGUACAUUAAAACUCUAUUUUUCAUAUUUACAUAGGCGAUUCUGCAAAAUUGUAUAAAGCGUUAACAUUACCUAACUAUAAAUUCUCAUAAAUUCUAUUUACAAAAGGAUAUAUGGUUCUACUUUCUUUUGAGGAUAUGUAAUAGAUAUACGAUUUUUACAUCAGUCGUUAAAUUUAGAAGAGCUAUGUUAAGCAACAUUACAAUAAAUGGUAUCACCAAAGUUACCGAUUAUUUGGAAGAGAGGAUACACUUUUUUUACAAAAUCUAGAGGAGCUAUUCGAAUAGUAUCCAGUGUACAGUGUGAAAAAUAAGAAAUCAAUCGUAGUGAGGAAAACCUGUUUCAUUUACCCUCUCUGGAUUGGUUUUCAUGCUUCUAGAAAGAGUAUCUGUGACCUCUUACUGCAUUUCAUCUUAGUGAGAGCUACAUUGUGUGGAAGGUUUCACAUAUAUCUAAUAGUAUUACUAAUAUGUAUGCAACAUUUCAGCCAUUGGGAAAUCUGUGCAUACUUGAAUGUUUCAGAAUUUUCAUCCCUACGGAAUAUCAAUACUUUGACGCCAAAAAGUAUUAUAAGUGCAAAACUUGCCAUUCAAAUUUCAAAUGUAAAAGGGGGGUCUCGGACCAAUGAAAUAUUUGCUUUGAAAUACCUUGGAACGUAUGUACUUUACAUUUUCAUCAAUAUACUCGUAUUCCUUUUUAUUUUAGCACUUGAUUGCUAUUUAAAAGUCCAAGGUUAGUGGUUUUGGCAUUUUUGUAAAAAAUCCACCCAAUCUCUAGUAAUAACACUGUCUGCUUCCAAU